AAAGGUUACAAAUUGCUUCAGAUUUAUUACGAAAAGUUGUUCGAUUCUUUUAUCUAGCAAGAUGUUUAGAAAGUCAGUUGAUAGAUGCUGAUAAUGAAAGUGAAAAAAGCAAUGAAUAUAUUAAAGCUGCUUCAAAUAUUAGUGAAUUGGAGGCUCUUUUAAAGGAAGUUGAUUUUGAAGGAAUUGUUCUUGUUCAAGCUCAACUUCCUAAAAUUCGACAAUCAAAGACAAAGAUUUCGAACGAAGCACUUCGUUUGUUAACUGAAGGAAUAGACAAACAGAAAGAAGUAGACAUUGCUGUUGGUCUCCAAAUAUUUUAUGAACUUAAUGAAAUAGGGGAAAGAGUAUCAAAAUAUGUGGAUGAUAUGUUCACAAAAUUAUUGGACCAGAUGAAAAAUGCUGUUGAUUCUGCAUCAAUUCAAAAAGAAAUUAAAGACUUUGGAGCUGCCCCGAUAAAAGGAAUUAGGCGAUUAGGAUCAGAACCUACAGCUGGAUCUACCGUGACAUUUACAUCAGCACUGUGGAAGCGAAUGGAGAUUUUGAUGGAUAACAUUGCUGAAAGCUGUAGUAAGAUGUACACGCUUGAAAACGUGCUGGCUAAUGAAAAAGAUACAAUGACGCAAGUAUCAUAUUUGGACGAAGUUGCAAAGACAUUAGAUGGAGGUCUAAUUCAACAUUUUUGGAAAACUUUGUCUUUGACUUUUGAAAGAGAAUUGAAAGAAGCCACAAAAGGAUCCUCUUUCAUGCGACAAACUUUUAUCACCGGAUAUCCAAAAUUACUCCGUUUAUUUCAAAACCUUUUUGCAAAGCUUGAAAAGCAAGGAUACUUAAAACUCGAUGGAGAUUUUCAAAG